AUGAAAGAACCGUCAAAACCCGAGUUGCAAGUAGGCGCUGACUCAUCAGCAACGGGUGCGGGUUCAUCGGCAUCAGGUGCGGGUUCAUCAGAAACAGUUGCAGGCUCAUCAGCAACAGGUGCGGGCUCAUCAGCAACAGGUGCCGGCUCAUCAGUAACAGGUGCGGGCUCAUCAGCAACAUGUGCAGGCUCAUCAGCAACAGGCGCAGACUCUUCGGAGACAGAUGCGGGCUCAUCGGCAACAGGUGCAGGCUCAUCAGCAACAGGUGCCGGCUCAUCAGUAACAGGCGUCUUGAACGAGUAG